UUGUACACAUCUCGACUAGUUCCACAAGGUAUAUGACUAUAUGUUACUUCCCACUAGUUCCGAGUAACUCAAUCUAUCCAUCAAAGCUUAGAUAAAUGAAUGUGUUUUUGCCUUUUAACAAAUUUUAAACUUGAGACCUCAUAGUUCUCAUCUCACUUCAUUGAUCACUAAGUCAUACCCAUAGGUGUGUGGCGUGGUCCACACAUAUUCUCUCCCUUCUCUUUCACCUUUAUUGCUAAACUUCACAUUAUUAAUCUACUCAUAUAUUCUUGUGCUCCUCACUCUAGUUUUCCUCAACUUGUUUCUUUUCCCCCCCUUCAAAGAGAUGGAAAAUAACAAAUGGGAAGGGAAGAGAAGCAUGGAAGAGGAUGAUGAUGAGGAAGAUGAAGAUGUUGUAGAGGAUACCAAAAGGAAGAGGGUCUUGACUCGCUCUGGACGGAAGGUAUCCACUGCAGAGGGGUCAAGGCAACCUUCCUGUCAAGUUGAGGAAUGCACUGCAGAUAUGGUGAAUGCUAAGACAUACCAUCGCCGCCACAAGGUCUGUGAAUUUCAUGCAAAGGCUCCAGAAGUACUUAUUGAUGGACUCCGACAGCGUUUCUGUCAGCAAUGCAGCAGAUUUCAUCAGUUGGCGGAGUUUGAUGAUGCAAAAAAGAGUUGCAGGAGACGGUUGGCAGGGCACAACGAGCGCCGCCGUAAAAGUGCACAAGAUUAUCCAGGAGAAGGGUCAAGUUGAACGGGCACCUACUAGUGGACUGAUGAGAACUUAAGCUCCCUCUGAAAAAUAUAGAGUUUAUCACGCUCUCUCUCUUCUGUCAUUUGCCAUAUUUCCUUUUUAACAAAAAAUGUUAUCUUCAGGUAUGCAUAAAGUAGUAAUUUCAUUUCAUCUGAAAUGAAAAUAGUACGAAAGAAUGUUUCAUUAACUUUUGUCUGUUGGUACUUCGAUAGUUUGUAGACCGAAAAUAAAGCUAUCCUGUGUUUCACAUGUA